AUGGCUACCAUUGCGACCGAUGUGGCCACUCUCAAGACCGACGUGGGUGCUCUGAAAACGACCAUGAAGGAAUUCCAGGCAAGAUUUGCCCUUCAUGAGGCCAGGAUCCACAACGCCAAAGCGCGGCCGUUUGAGCCCCUGGUCUGGCCCCUGAAUGCCGCGCGAGACGAGCUUCCGGGCAAAGUAACUGUGCCCGGCGUGACUGCCAGGGAACGUGUUGGACCACCUCCCUACGAACUCCCGAUCCCAGCGACCAAGGUCGCCAAGGCGCAAGCCCUCGUCCAGCACUUGGGUGCGAGCAAUUGA